UUCAUAAGAUCGACAUCGUUCGACAGAUCAACAUCUAAGAAACCUCUACACUCUUUAGAGCUAAAAAAAGAUUCAGUCUUUCGGAAUACAAAAAAAACGAUUUCUUUUCUUAUUUUUACAAAAUAAAUAAAUUAAUUUAUUUCAAAAACUAUCUAAAACUGCAAAAAAAAGAUAGAAAAUUUAUCAAAAAACUCAGUGAUCGUGAUUAAAGAACAAUUUUCUAACAAAUCCAAUCCAACACUCAAAGUGACAGUGAAUUAUUUUGGUUUAGUGCAUUUUUUUGAACCAAGAGACAAUUUUAUCAUAAAAAAAAGAUAAAACUCAAAAACAGUUUUAAUAAUUUUUGAAAAAUAAGAAGAUUUUUAAAAAAUUACCAAAAUGGCUUUCAAUCUUGACCCAACUGGCCAAUACUAAAGGCUUUUAAUAUCAAUAACAAACAAUCAGCUGUUUUUUUUGUGAACCAUAGACAAGCAGAAAUAUUUUGAGGUCUAACCAAAACACAGAGAGGAGAACCAUCAGUAAGAUUCCAGCUAAAUAACUCAUUCGUAGAGUUUUCUAUUUUUUUGUAAAGUCUUUUAAUAUCUUUUUGUAAAAACUAAUAAAAAUGGCUUUCUCAUUGGACCCCACUGGUCAAUACUAAAAUAUUGUCAAAAUUGCAUUUUAAAUUUAUAAAAAACUAUUUUAUUUGAAUUUUUAUUUGUUAUUUAAAAAAAAAAAUUAUUAAAAAUGGCUAAAGUUUUGGAUCCCACUGGAACCUAUUAACUCAAAUUUUUUGUUAAAACAUUUUAAUUCAGCCAAUAAAAAUUUUUAAAAAUUAAUAAUUAAUUUUUUCUGUAAGAAAAAAAUCUCUAAAAAAAUUUACAAAAUGAAUAUCCUCGACCCAACCGGCACAUAUCGUCGUCCUAACAACACCAGGACAACAAAUAACACAAAACGAACAAAUACAAAUUCACAUCUUGAUCCAACAGGACAAUAUUGAAUUUUUGUUU